AUUGGCAACUCCACAGGCCCAGAUGAGCAGCGAGCAGCAGACGUGACGUGAAGUGUAAUUUUGUGCAAUUAUUACGCACACAUAUUUCAUUUUCAUAAAUUUUUUAAUUAAUAAUUACAAAAAGGCUUGAGCUUUGCUUAGCGAAAAGGCCAUUUUUAUAAACAACGAACUUUUUUGAGUGAGAAAUCUUAAAACUUCCGCUGUAAAAUGUCUGACAACAAACAGAAUGACAAAAAGGAAUUGGAUGAGCUGCUUGACAAUGCUCUGCAAGAUUUCGAUAAGAAAAACUCAACUGCCAGUACGGCAGAUGCAAGCAAUAGUUUGAGCACGAAUGGAUCGGCGGCCGGUACUGCCGCAGAUGCCGGAACAGCAGCUGAUCCAGAUGCAUUUUUUAUUGAACAAGCAAAUGUGUUAGCCGAACGCAUGCAGACACUAUUUGGUGGUCCUAAUACACCGAGUGGCGAGUUACCACCAAUGCCACAAGAUCCCGAUCAAAUUUUAGCCGGAUUCAAGAAAAUGGCCGAAGCAGCGGCUAUGACAUUGCAAGGCGAGAAUCCAGCAAGUGAUGAAGAUGUUGCCAAAUAUUCAGAUAGUAUAGCACAAGCUCUUAAGGGUCUACAAGAGGGUUCGGAAAAUCUCAGCGCACCUGUUUCGGAGACUGAUGUCGCUAGCAUGUUUAGCGGACUUAAUUUAGAAAAUCCCGGAGAAGGAGACAACAAUAUGUUCCUGCCAUUUAUGGAAGGUAUGAUGCAAAGCUUACUGAGUGCGGAGAUUUUGUUGCCCAGCAUCAAAGAAUUGGUGGAAAAGUAUCCAAAAUACUUCGAACAACACGGUGACAAAAUUAGUGCUGAAGAUAGAGAACGGUAUGAAAAACAAUUGGAGCUCUACAAAGUGCUUGAGAAACAAUUGGAGGCAGAGAAACCGGACGAUUCUGCAGCAGUUAAACGUGAAAAGUUCAAAGCUGUGUUGGAUCAUAUGCGCAGACUGCAAGAAUUCGGUAACCCGCCUGAAGAAAUUUUGGCCGAGACGGCUGGUGAUUUACCAAUGCUAGAUCCAAACUUAGCUGGUGCCGCAGGUGCAGGCGCGAACCCACAGUGUCCUAUGAUGUAAUGUGUGCAACAAAGCGUCGAUUUGGAGUGAGCUGAUGACACAUUUUAGAAUGUGACAAAACUCUGAUAUCUUAUAGUAGUAUUUAGACAUUUAUUUUAGUUAUCGUUUUUUUUUUCUCCGCAAAGAAAAAAAAUCUUUGUAUUCUUUAUGUUCAUUUCAUAUUGAUUUGUUGAAUUCAUUUUUGGUGUGUAAUAUGAAAUACUACGAUAUUUGUUUUAAUGUUUUUGAAUGAAAAAAUUAACUCGUAUUAAAUAAACAAAAAUGUUUUGAUAACGGA